UUCAACGAUGAAGAAGACCAUUUGCAUGGCAAACAUGCAGAAUAUCUUCAUGCAGUACAAAGUGUGGCGAAAGCAUUGGGUUAAAGGUAAAUCAGUGCUGGCAGCAGGAGUGAAGUUACAAAGUUCAGUGUGCACAGAAAAGUGCGACAGCUUGUAAGUGUUUGGUCGACAUGGCUCAGUUUGCUCGUGUUUCGAGGUCUGUUGGUUUGAUUACUCUCCAAAAUCCGCCUGUCAACGCACUCAGUGCAGUGGCGAGGCAAGGCAUCGUCGACGCGGUGAAGAGAGCGCUCAGUGACCCAAAGGUGAAGUCUGUGGUCAUCUGUGGACAAAAUGGAAUAUUCUGUGGAGGGGCAGACAUCAAGGAGUUUGGGACGAACAUAACCGGCCCUCCACUGGUACCCAUGAUCCAUGCCAUCGAGGCCUCAAACAAGCCGGUGGUGGCAGCCAUAGAGGGAAGUGCUUUUGGCGGAGGCCUUGAGCUGGCGCUUGGCUGUCACUAUCGAGUCGCACACUCUAAAGCCAAACUGGGCCUUACAGAGGUGACUCUGGGUCUGCUGCCAGCUGCAGGGGGAACCCAACGUCUGCCAAGGCUCAUCGGGGUCCCAGCUGCUUUAAACCUCAUCACCACAGGCCGCCACGUGACUGCGGCUGAGGCACUGCAACUUGGAAUAGUGGAUCAGGUUACUGAUCAUAACGCUGUCGACGAAGCUGUGAAGUUUGCACUCAGUGUGGCAGGUAAGUCGCUGGAUGCCCGCCGCAUAAGCACUUAUCCGUGUCCUUGCCCAUCUGAUGUGGAUGCUCUGUUUGAGGAGGUGAUGCAGAAGGUGCGUCAGAGUGCCAGAGGAGCCAUUGCACCGAUUGCUUGCGUCCAGGCGGUACGGGCAGCCGCUACCCUGCCUUACUCUCAAGGCAUGGAGCGUGAACAAGAGCUGAUGGCCACUCUCUUCACCUCAGGCCAGGCCCGCGCUCUGCAGUACUGUUUCUUUGCUCAGAGAGCCGUUGGCAGGUGGAGCAUGCCCAGUGGAGCCCGCUGGGACACAAGCAAGCCCAGAUCUAUACAUAAAGCAGCUGUCAUUGGUCUUGGCACCAUGGGGAGAGGCAUAGCAGUGGCCUUGGCUCAGACAGGGUUGUCUGUGGUUGCUGUGGAGACCCAGGAGAAGCAGUUCAUGGAGGCAAAGAAGAUGGUAUCAGGCAUGAUGGAGCGAGGGGCAAAGAGACAUGGCACGGCUCCUCCGCUUGAUAAGAUCACUUAUAGCCAAAACAUCCAGGCUGUAGCAGACGUCGACCUGGUCAUCGAGGCUGUGUUUGAGGACAUGGCCCUAAAGGAGAAAGUCUUCCAGCAGCUGUCUACCAUUUGUAAACAAGGUACUUUCCUGUGCACCAACACUUCUGCGCUAGACGUGGACCACCUGGCCUCUCAAACCCGUAACCCAGAGCUGGUGGUUGGGAUGCACUUCUUUGCCCCAGCCCAUGUCAUGAAGCUCCUGGAGGUAGUGUAUGGACCAAGGUCCUCUCCUCAAGCCGUGGCAACAGCCAUGCAGCUGGGAAAGAAAAUGGGCAAAGUCAGUGUGGCUGUUGGCAACUGCCGUGGCUUUGUGGGGAACCGCAUGCUGAAGCCGUACCUCGAACAAGCUCUGUUCCUGUUGGAGGAGGGAGCUACACCUGAGUUGGUAGAUGGAGCGUUGGAGGAGUUUGGUUUUGCCCUAGGUGUGUUCAAAAUGUCCGACCUCUCUGGACUGGAUGUGGGCUGGAAGGUCAGGAAGGGGGACGGGCUGGUAGAGCCUGGCUUAGCCUCAGGGCCAUCAGCUAGAAUCCGGCAAGGCCGCAGGUACAGCCCCCUGGGAGAUCUGCUCUGUGAGCAGGGACGGUUUGGACAAAAAACAGGCCAGGGAUGGUACCGGUAUGACAAACCUGGCAGUCGGGUUGCUAGGUAUGACCCUUGGCUGCACAGCUUUCUGGAGGAGUACCGAACCCAGCAUGGCAUAGUGGCACGACGCAUAGACCAGCAGGAGGUGCUGGAGCGCUGCCUGUACGCCCUGAUCAACGAGGGCUUCCGCAUUCUGGAGGAUGGAAUAGCUGCAGGUCCCGAGGACAUCGACAUCAUCUACGUGUUUGGCUACAGCUGGCCGAGGCACCGUGGAGGUCCCAUGUUCUACGCCAGCAUGGUGGGGCUGGCGAAGGUUCUGGAGAGGCUGGAGCACUAUCACCAGGCUCACCCUGAUGUGCCCUACAUGCAGCCCUGCAACCUCCUCAGGAGGCUCGUGGCCAGUGGCAGCCCGCCUGUCCACAAGUGGAAAGAAGCAAUCAAGAAACUCCGAAGCCAGCUUUAAAUUUCAAAUGUCCACAGCCAGCUUUAAAGCUCAGAUACUUCAGUUUUAAUCUCUUUAAUCGAAUAAUGAUCUUGUGAUAGAGAGUCGAUAAACUGCAUAUUGUUGCACUUUAUAAUAAUAUUGAUAUUUUCCUUAUAUGAAUUAUGGAUGAUACUGUCGGGGCCUUUUGUGCUUUCUGUGAUUACUAAUCACAAUAUCGCUGACUGUGAGCACACGCUGAGUUACCAGUUUAUUAGAUAUAUACAGCUAAUGCUGACACUGCAUGAGAGGUAUUGAUUGAACUUGCAAUAUAUUGAUUUUAUUAUUGUUUCUCAUGUAUGUAAAUGAAAUAAGAACUGCCUCAACAUGAGCUUUACAAUUCAGGGCUGUUGUAUUACAAAGAAUUAGACUUAAC